AUGGCUUCAACAGGUUAUGGGCCCAGCAGAGAAUCACGCUGGUCAAGGUUGACUUUCGAUGGAAACGAAAGCAAUUACGAACUGUGGGAAGUGAAAUUCCUUGCGCACACGAGGUUAUUAAAACUAAAGGAUACUAUCCUGCUGUCAGAAGAAGAGGGUAACACAACAAAGAAUGAAGAAUGCUACGCCGAGCUUAUGCAGUGUUUGGAUGACACCAGUCUGUCAUUGGUAAUGAGGGAUGCUACCGACGAUGGCCGAAAGGCUUUACAAAUACUCCGAGAUCAUUAUGCAAAUCAAGGCAAACCAAGAAUCAUCACACUCUACACUGAGCUAACGUCACUUGAAAAAAAACUUCAUGAGACAGUCACAGAUUAG